GCAGCCGCCCCCCGAACCGGCCGCCGCCGGCAGCGCUGCACGCAGGAGGCACGCAUCACCACCGUCACAUUCAUUCGACUUCAAGUCUUCCGACGGCAGCCACAGCAGCACAGCCACCAGCCACCUCGCCGCAGCAUCAGCAGCCGGCUCCUGCACGUCGCCAAGCACACCCGUUGCCUUCCUUCACUCCGUCAGAAUGUCUGCCGCUCAAGUCCCCGCAGUCAACGGUUCCGCCGGAGGUAUGGGCCUCGAGUCCGUCAACAAGAUCACUCAGCUGCCCGUCGUGGAGAGCACCAUCGGGCUCGCCUCCGACAUGUACAGGAAGGUCAAGGACUCUAACGCGAUGGUGUCCGCCGCCCUGGGGGCCGCGGAGAGCGCGGGGCAGACGGCCGUCAACAAGGCCGUGGAGGUGGGGCGGCCCGUGGCGGCGCGCCUGCACGGCCCCAUCCAGCGCGUGGACUCCGCCCUGUGCACCGGCAUCGACUACGUCGAGAGCAAGGUGCCGGCCGUCAAGCUGCCCCCCAAGGAGAUGUACGACCGCGUCAUGGGCGCCGUGUGCUCCGUGUGCGGCUACGGCAUGCAGAAGAUCAACGAGGUCGGCCAGCUGAUCGGCAAAACCGCGUCCGCAGCCAGUGAGUACUAAACCCCCUGCGCGACUU